ACUACUCCCGCCUCCGCCCCCCACGCCUCCCAGCAUGCCCCGCGGCGCGCGGGCCCGCGGCGGCGGCGGCGGCGGCAGUGUUUUUCUAGACGCUCUUCGUUCUUUGAAGAUGAUAACACCUUGUGUUCAGUGUGAUCUGUGCUGAGCAGAUGUAGCUUCUCCUGUAAUCACCUCUGCAGCCUUUUCCCGUCUCAAAUGCAAGAUGACUUAAUCUUCUAGGAUGUCAGCAGAAAAAGUGGAUGGUGGUAUAGAUUAGUUAUAAGUUACUUCUUAUUUCGUCUUCUCCAUACUCAUCGUGAACAGUCAUCAUACAAUGGAUGAUUUGGACAAUCUCCUUCCGCCCAUGGUUGGAAAUAAUGAUACGGCUAAUUCAGAAGAAUUACAUAAGCUUCUGAUCGAUGAAAAAGUGCGAUCUGAACACCAUAAAGCAAAUUAUCAAACUAUGAAGGCAGAACAUCUAAGAUUACAAGAGGAAUAUACAAAAUCACAAGAUGAACUGAAGCAGUUGUUAGUUGAAAAGCAGACUGUACAUGACAAAUUUCAGUGUCUUCUUGCUGAAUAUCAAGAGGAGUUGCUGGGUAAAACACAAGAGCUGGAAAAACUGAAGAUGGAGGUGCUAACGCCUCAAAAAUUGGAACUGUUAAAAGCACAAAUACAGCAGGAAUUGGAAUCUAUUAUGACAGAACGUUAUCGGAAGCUAGAAAAUGAAGUGGAAAAAUACAGAACAGAUUAUAACAAACUUCGUUAUGAACAUACUUUUCUGAAAUCAGAAUUUGAACAUCAGAAAGAAGAAUAUGCACGUAUUUUAGAAGAGAAGAAAAUAAAAUAUGAGGCUGAGAUUGCAAGGCUGGAUAAAGAUAAAGAAGAACUCCAUAAUCAGCUGCUUAGUGUUGAUCCCACGAGGGACAGUAAGCGUGUGGAGGCACUCUCUAGAGAAAAGGCACAAUUGUGUCAGAAAUUAAAAGGUUUGGAAGCAGAAGUAGCAGAAUUAAGAGCAGAAAGAGACUAUUGUGGUGUGCAAGCAGAAAAUGUUCAAAGAGUACAAGUACGGCAGUUAGCAGAGAUGCAGGCUCUGACAAGGUCUCUAGAGGCAGAAAAGAAAUCUGCUGAGCUACAGAUUGAUCGAAUUGAGAAAGAACUGAGGACGAGUCAUGAGCAAAACAUUCUCUUGACUAGCAAACUUCACAAAUCUGAACGAGAAGUCAAUUCCUUAGCUGCUCAAGUAGAAGAACUUAAACAUUCACAUAAACUGGAAGUAAUAAAUGUCAAACUGGAGGCAGCAGUAACAAAGAGUGAGGUAGAAAAGGAGAGGAACAAGAUUCAGAGUGAAAUGGACGGAUUGCUGUCAGACAAGGAAAUUCUUCAGGCAGCUGUUGAACAUCAUAAGGUGCUUUUAGUAGAAAAGGAUCAGGAACUCAUUCGUAAAGUGCAAGCUGCCAAAGAGGAAGCUUUUGAAAAAAUUGCAGCCUUACAGGAUGAAAAGUUAGAACUUGAGAACAGAUUAGCCGAUCUAGAGAAGACGAAGCUGGAACAAGAUACUUGGAGGCAAUCUGAAAAGGAUCAGUAUGAAGAGAAACUACGUGUGGUACAGAUGGCGGAGGAAUCUAGCAAAAAGGAACUUCAGCGUUUGCGAUUAAAAAUUCAACAACAAGCUAUUCAGGCAGAGGAGUUGGAAGAAAAGAAACGUGAAAGUGCUGAUCUGAAACAGCAAAUUCACAAUAUACAACUCCAGCUUGCCUCGCUUUCUCAUUCAGAAAAUGAUUUGCUGGAGUCUAAUCAGAAGCUGAAGGAAAUAAUAGAAAGACUGAAACAAGAAUGUCAACAUGCAAAGGCUCAGGCAGAAAAAGCUCAGCUGGAGACAGAGAAGAUUUUAGAAUACAAACGUAUAGAAUGGAUGGAAGAGAAGCAUGCGCUGACUCAGCGCAUCACUGAGAAAGAAGAGAAGUACAACCAAGUGAAGAAAAAGCUGUGUCGAGCUGCUGUUGCUCAGAAAAAGAGAAAGACUCUCAAUGAUAAUAAACAAAGAAGGACUGAAGAGAAACUAGAACUUUUGGAAGCCAUGGUAGAAGAACUAGAAAAAGAAAACCAAGUGCUAAAUAGGCAGAACGUUUCCUAUGAAGAUUAUGCACGCCUCCAGAAGAGACUGAAGGACUUACAACGUAGACACAAUGAAUUCCGAAGAUUAAUUCUGAAUCCUAACAUACCAUCCCUCAAUCCAUUCAGUAUGAUGUCAUCAUCUGCCUUGCCUCCUCAGCCUGAAGUGUCUUUCCCCCUUCAGGAGGAACAGCAUCAAAGAGAGCUUUCCCUGCUUCGCAAGCGGUUGGAAGAACUAGAAACCACACAGAGAAAACAGCUGCAAGAUCUUGGACCAUCCAGGGAGCGAUUAAUGGUGCACGCAUACAGAGACUCAGCUAGAAACACGAUCAUUGGAGAAGACAAUGCACAAAGUGAGGACUCCAAAUAAAAUGGCAAACUCCACGUGCUGUUCUCAGUAGUGUAUACGUUGUGUGUGCUUUUAAUAUUUUGCCAAAACCAUGUUUGUAUGUGCCUGAAUAGCAUAAACUAUUUUUUGCAUAGUUUUGUAUUUAUUUUUGAUAGACUGUCAUAGAUUAUCGAAGAGAAUGGUGCAAAACAUGGCAUGAUUAAGUGUUUUGAAAUGUUUUUAUAGAAAUUAUGUAAAAUUAUUUGAAAGUCAAAAUGUGAAAUAAUCUCAGCAAACAAAAGAAUCAAGGUUUGGGUGGUGCUGACCUUUAAAA